CUGAAAGAGAGAGAAAAAAAAGGACAAAUAAAUAAAUAAAUGAGCAAGGUGCAGUUCCGCCAGGGACCCGCGAGUGUGUGCGUGCGUGAGUGUGUGUGUUGCGUCUGUCUGGAACGUGAAACGCUUGCGUUGAUUCAAAACCGGGGAAAUACCACCACCACCAACAACAACAUCAUCAUCAUUAUUCUUUCCCCCGCAAAAAUCCCGUUCACACGCGCAUGGAGGAGCGCGAUGAAUUCAGGGCGGUGAAAAUCGGUGCGCUACCUCUGAAGGCGUGGACGGCGCAUUUAAUAGAUUCUUUUCAUUACUGUUAAUGGUCUUAUUUAAUACCGCCUCAUUUCCGAAGAUCUGAAUCUUGUAUUAACCCUUUGCUAAACGGGAUCAUACAUGUCGUGGACAAUGAAAAGCAUCGGUUAAUUCUUAUGGAUUAACAUAUCUGAACUCAACCGGAGCCAAACUGCUCCUCUCUCCUCCCCUCUCCGUUUUUCUCUCCACCUCUCCCUCCCCUAUGCUCAGUUCGGUGUGUGUCUCCUCAUUCAAAGGGCGCAAGGGUGGCAACCAGACGUCCAACAAAGCAUGUUACAGCGCCGACAUGACUUGCCCGUCGGAAAGCGAGAAAAUCGUCAUCAACUGCGGCGGCGUACGGCACGAGACGUACCGGAGCACCCUGAAGACGCUACCUGGCACGCGCCUGUCGUGGCUCACUGAGCCCGACGCCUUCAACAACUUCGACUACGACCCGAAGUCAGACGAGUUCUUCUUCGAUCGACACCCGUCCGUCUUCUCGUUCAUCCUCAACUACUACCGCACGGGCAAGUUGCACUGUCCCAACGACGUGUGCGGGCCGCUGUUCGAGGAGGAGCUUGCCUUCUGGGGCAUCGAUGAGACGGACGUGGAGGCGUGCUGCUGGAUGAACUACCGACAGCACCGGGACGCGGAGGAGGCGCUGGACAGCUUCGAGACGCCCGAGCCGGAGGUUCCAGAGGAUGACCCGGCGGCGCUCACGGGGGACGGGGAUUUGAAGCGGCUCUGUUUGCAGGAGGACGGGAGGAAAGUUGGCUGGUGGCGCGUUUGGCGACCCAGAAUCUGGGCGCUCUUUGAAGACCCUUAUUCCUCCAAAUACGCACGGUAUGUGGCAUUUGGAUCCCUUCUGUUCAUCCUUAUUUCCAUUUCCACUUUUUGCAUGGAGACACAUGAAGCUUUCAACACCAUCUACAACAGAACUGAGAAUGUUACAGAGGGGAACGUUACAAGGGAGGAGAUCGUAUAUGAAGUGGUCACGGACAGUUGGUUGAUGUAUGUUGAGGGAAUGUGUGUGAUUUGGUUUACCAUCGAGGUUUUCACACGUGUCGUCUUCUGUCCGAACAAAGUUGAGUUCUUCAAGAGCGCGUUGAACAUCAUCGAUUUUAUUGCCAUCUUGCCCUUCUACCUAGAGGUUGGUCUGAGUGGGCUCUCUUCCAAAGCGGCAAAAGACGUCCUGGGAUUCCUACGCGUGGUGCGGUUCGUACGGAUUCUGCGUAUCUUCAAGCUGACACGUCACUUUGUGGGCCUGCGCGUUCUCGGACACACGCUUCGCGCCAGCACCAAUGAGUUCCUCCUCCUCAUCAUCUUCCUUGCGCUUGGAGUCCUCAUCUUUGCCACUAUGAUCUACUAUGCCGAGAGGAUAGGAGCGAGUCCAGACGACCCUACGGCAAGCAAACACACCAAUUUUAAAAACAUCCCCAUUGGUUUCUGGUGGGCUGUGGUUACCAUGACUACCCUGGGUUAUGGAGAUAUGUACCCGGAGACUUGGUCGGGCAUGCUAGUGGGGGCGCUGUGUGCCCUGGCGGGCGUACUGACUAUUGCCAUGCCAGUACCUGUGAUUGUCAAUAACUUCGGCAUGUAUUACUCUCUUGCCAUGGCCAAGCAAAAGCUGCCCAAAAAGAAAAAUAAACAUAUCCCAAGAGCCCCGCAACCCGGGUCGCCCAAUUACUGCAAGCCAGAUGCCCUCGCCAUGGCAACAGCUUCGCCCCAGAGGAUCCUGGGUAAUGUACUGGGCGGUGUGCUGGUAUCUAGUGGCCUGACGGGAGACUGCCCACUAGCUCAGGAGGAAAUCAUUGAAAUUAACAGAGACUCGAAGCAGAACGGUGAUGCAGCGAGCGCUGCUCUAGCAAACGAGGACUGUCCAACAAUUGAUCAGGUUCUCAGUCCAGACGAUCGAAGCCCGAUGGGCCGAACCCGAGAGCGCUACCAGCAGGACAGAGCCUGCUUCCUCCUCAACACACGAGAGUUCCGACCCGCUGAUGGAAAUGUGCGGAAAGUGUUAAGUUUCUAGCAUUUGGCAAUUCUUUUAAGGAGACACAGUUUGUCACUGAAUCCUGAAGAUUUUGGCGAUGGGGCCAUAUCAUCCACGCGGGAUAUGUGAGGGAUUUCGGAGUGGCAAGAAGGUGUGACUGCAUGGGGGACCCCCCAAAGAAAAUCUGAAAUUUCCGUGGGGCCGGAUCUUCACACGGUAACCAAAGCAACCUCACCGAAAAUCCAGGAUCACUCCUCUUUAUACAGACUGACUGAACUGAACAUUGCACUGACACCUAGAAAGAGCAAAAUGACUCUUUAAGGAACGAAAGGAAAACAUUCCAUUGUUUUUUUGUCUGCCAUUUAAGAUCAAAACACCAGAUGUUUUGACUGUCGCAUUGAUCUGGGCCCUGAGUUUCUGUAUAUUAAUCUAUAUAUAAGAAUGAAGGAUCAAGAUAUUAGAAUAAUUAUGUAGCAUUUCUGCUAAGACCAUGUAGCAUUUCUUGGCUGGGGGAACUCUCCAAAAAACAUUUUAGAGCCUGAUAUUCAUUGACAGUUUGCACAGAAUGACUAAAAAGUCUUAGUCAUGCACAAUUCGUUUCUUGUUUUUACCACGCAGCAUUUUAGCAGCAAAAUGUGUCGUUUGUGCAUUGCCGUGUGGUAGUUUCCAUACCCUGUCUGAGAAAAGUCUGAGUCUUAGAGUAGCUUUUAUUUUUGAAUGAAUCUAACAUACUGCACAAGCGAAACACAAUUCUUCCAAUUCUCUCCUCGAGUUCAGGGGAGGCAACAUUAAAAACCCAGUCCCAACAGACCAAAGGCCAUUUUCUGUGACCAAAUAAUGUACAAAGCUAAAAGGGCACAAAAUAGCUACAGAUUAUCCCUGUCAGACCUUAACUGUCUGUCAAAUUCUACCCUUCAAGCCAGUGAAGUUGUCCUGUCCCUUUAAAUGCGAACAGAUUGAAUAUACUGCCAGGGGUGCUUUAAUUUCAAAAGUACCCUGUUGUUUUGCCGGGCAUUGCCCCAAAGCCUCAAACUGAGGAGUUUAUAGAAUUCCAAUUUUUGCAAUGGCCUAACUUGUUACUGGAUAUAGAUAUUUAUUUUGUAUUUUUGCGUUUGAUUUAGAUUUUGUUUGUAAUUUAGUAGAGCGUAUGCUGCCAUAGAUUAUAUACAGUACAUGCACACAUUAGCGUGCUAGGACCAAUAACAAACGCAAGUUUGUUUACUUUUCUUUGAAAGAGGGUUUAAAGGUCAGGGAAAUGCAGAGACAUUCUUAAAAUGUUCCCUUUUCAGGAGUCUAAAACUGCCUUCAAAGUUUCCCUCCAUUUUUGUCCCAAGUUUCCCUCCACUUUCUCCUUUUGGCUGGAUGUCUCUAAGUGUUGCUCCUUCUUAACCAAUCAGAUGGAGCAUUCUAGGAGGUGUCACCAGGCAAAUCAAGAAGAAUAAAUGUACGAAACAAAAGAACAAAUUUAUAUUUUGAGCUUCACCAGGAAUGCAACGCCACAGUGCAACAAAUGCAAUUCCAACCAGACUACAAACAGCCACACAAAGAACUUGAACAACACACACACACACACACACACACACACACACACACACACACACACACACACACACACACACACACACACACACACACACAAAGAGGGAACAAAGAAAAUUUGCUCUCUUGGAGGGAGGGUGUAAACGGAACUGCGUUUCAUCAAACGCAUUUUUUCCCCCUCUUAGACUGAACUGUGAGAAAAUGGAUGUCAAAAUAUGAAAAAAGAAAAAACAAAUGGGAGAAAACCAACAACUUGGAAAGAAAAAAAAAUUUAAAAUGCAUUUUUGUAACUUUGUUUACCAGCAUGAAAACUUUGCAUGACUGUAUUUUCUGCGAGCCCUUAGUUGAAGUGAGGAGGGCUAAAAUAGUAAUAAAAAAAAAGGUAUUAAUAAUAAAGAUGUUGAUAAA